UUUUUACAGCUCUAACGUGUACACAACAAUCUCUGUUUGACAAAAAGAAAAACAAUCAAAUUUGGAUUAAUGUAUUCUUGAAAAAUGGACGAAGGCGACGAAAGUACCACGCAUUAUUACUUGGAAUGUGAUAACAACGUCGAGGAAUGGCACUGGAAUGCAAAGAGCACAAAGCUCCUCGUUGAGCUGUAUUUGGAACGACGAGACCGGUUUCGUGAUCCAAAACACCGUAAGCGUGUCCUCUGGACAGAAAUUGUUGAUGAAAUGGAGAGAGCAGGCUACAAAGGAAUAAACGAGGAUUUAUGCGAUCGCAAGAUGCGUAACAUGAAGAAGACAUACCGCACCUGCAAAGAGUCUAUGCGACGGACUGGUCGGAAACGAGUGUCAUGGGAGCACUAUGAAACGUUUGAUGAACUGUUCCAACAUGAACCACAGUCCACAUCAAAGCCAGAAGCCACUGCUCUUGCAGAGGAGCCCACUAUAAAAUGUAAAACAUGUCCAACACAACUGGAUCCCAAUGGAGACAUGUUCGUACCGAAUGCACUAAAUGGACAGCUGCUCGUUAUUGAGCGCAGUAGAGUGGCGGCAAUCAAAGAAUUAAGCAAGCGUAUUGAGGAAUCAAACGCCAUUCAGAGAGAACGGAACGACCUUCUACGCGAGUACUUGGCACAAUUAUAAUACAAGUAAAAUAGGUUUAUUGUUAUUAUUAUUUUAUAGUGUUGACUUAAAAUUAAACAAUAUUAGGCAACAUGUUGGUAGCCAUAAAUUC